GGUGUCAUGUCUCUAGAGGUGUCAUUUAACCGUAAAGCAUUUUUCCGCAUAUUGGAUAUCUCCUCAAGCGUUACGCCUUCUUCAUUUAUCUGGAUUGAUUACAAACUAUAAUGUGUGGCGUUUGAGUUUAAAUAUGCAUAUGUCUUAUGUCGUGUUUUUCAAUGGAUUAAGAAAAUUAUGAAGUCAACAUUCUACAGUUUUGUGUGCCUUCUUCUUUUCGGCUCCGCAACUUUGUUGGGGUUUUGGUGGAAAGCAACGCAAUUCGUUCCAAGAGUUGCCUCACACCUACAUAACAUUAUAGACAAUCGAUUUCAUCCAAGCUUUUUGCGAAAGUACAAGAACCCAUGUUUUGAUGACGUUAGAAGUUCAGAUCACGGGACCACUGCGAACGAAACGUCUACACUCCUGUGCUUUCCGUAUUUUGUGAUGCCCGGGUUCCCAAAAUGUGGGACAACUGAUUUAUACACGCGGCUCUCGAAACAUCCGCAGAUCAAAUGGGAACACCCAAAGGAACCGGAUCUGCUUCAUAGACACAUGUACAAGUAUGAUAAUUUCGGGGAAGCCGUUCACCAGUAUUACGUGCCUUUAUUCCGUCCUUCCAUUCAUCGACUACAAGAAAACUUCGAUGUUGACAAGGAUGGAACACUUAUUUACACUGGGAUUAUUGGAGACGCUUCCGUGGACUACGCUUUUAACAACAGCCGGUGGCAGGAUUUUCCCGGAAAUAAAGGUGUCAAGGAACCUCGCCUCACGCAUGCGCAUUUCAUGUAUUCACUGUAUCCUAAAAUGAAGGUCAUCUUUAUGCUGAGGGAACCAGUUGAAAGGUUGUAUUCUGACUAUAUUUUUGAAGCUCGGGCGAUUGGUUACAAAAGAAGCCCUAAGAAUUUUCACCAGAGCGCGUUGAAAUUCAUCAAAGAUUUCAACGAAUGUUUGCGAUUGAACACUCGCAGGGGCUGUGCAUACAAUCGCACGUUUGAAAGCUAUGAAAUUCGCCUUCGAGCGGGAAUGUACCACAUUUUUGUUAACGACUGGAUACAGGUGUUUGGAAAGGAAAAUGUACUUGUCCUCAUGUCCGAGACAACUAAAGCGGCAAAUCAACGGCUGAACAGUAUUAGACAAAUCGUAAAAUUUCUUGAAAUAGAACCGUUUUCGUUGACUGAGGAAAAGCAUCUUUACGACGAGAAGCUGGUUAAUGUUCGAUUACCGGAGGAACGAUCUAUAGGAGACAUGUUGAGCUGUACUCGAGAAUUGCUACAAGUAUUUUAUGCACCAUUUAAUAUUGAACUUACGAAAAUGUUCCCAUACAUUGACUAUAACAGCUUUUAUUGAUGCCUAAUUCGCACGGCACGGAUGCGUUUUGUCAAACAGAAAGUUUCUGCGGGCUGAUAUCAAAAAGCGAACUGUCCGUCCGUCUUUUCGUCCCUAUGGCAAUAGUUGCGUAUUCAUGUAAUGAUUAAUAUAAAGAAAACUUUUAAAUAUGCUUAACUGACAUUUGAAAUAGUUUACUAUCAACGUCUUAACCCAUUUAAGCCUAGUGGACUCUCCCAUCCCUCUAAAUUGGAUCAAUUUAUUUCCGAAAUUAGGGAUGUCUAGUACAUUUAUUUCUAUAUUUAGAAUAUUUCUUACAGAAAUUCCUUAAGCAAACAGCGCAGACUCUGAUGAGACGCCGCAUCAUGCGGCGUCUCAUGAGGGUCUACGCUGUUUGCAAAGGCCUUUUUUCUAGACGCUAGGCAUAUAUGGGUUAAAGAGACAAAGCAUGUCCCAUAUCUCGGCUGAAGUGCAUUUUUUAUGCACGUAUUUAUAUCUGUUUUCAUAUACAUUUGUUAAACGUGAAAUAAGAUUAUAUAUGGAGGGUAUUUGAUUGAGUGUUCACAUGGUCUUCUAUUGUCCUUUCCAUUACCCCAAUUUAACACAUGUGCGCAUUUUGGGUUCAAGAUUUUCUUGCAUGUGUUAAAGAGCAGUGGCAUUGAACAGGUGUCUGAGCACAGACUUAUUUAGGAAUCAAUGUUACAUUAUUGAAAGCUUGUUCGUUUGUGUGUAUGUGUGUCGGGGUGGGGUGAUGUGUUUCUGCUGUAUAUUUUCUGCUUUAUACUUGUUUUUGAUAUUCAUGUAUAAUACUUUUACACUUUUGUAUUAUGCUCAGCUUUGUGAUAAAGUGUCUUAUAAUUAAAGCGUCCUAUACAACGCAAGUAUGAUAAUAAUGUCUCAAUAGUGUGGCUGUGAUUUAUAGUUUAGUUUUGUUGUUUUAAUAAGUUUUGUAUUUAACUACAAAAUAUGUAUUUUUAAUAUCUUGUUCGUUCAUUCCCUGAGCACACUUGUGGCAAAUAAUGUUCGAUUUUGUUGAUAACUUUUGUAAGAAAACAAUCCAACUGAAAACAAUACAAAUUAGGUUUUAAUAUCUUCUUUUUUUCAAAGGUUUAACUAUGCACCGAUCCCUGUUGAAAUUUGUAUUUCUCAAGUCACGGAAGUCUCAAAUGUACAUUAUUUCAUCCCAAUCAUUCAUAUGUUUCGUUCAUUUUCAUUUUCCUCGUGGCAUUGUAAAAAUCACAAUCAUUCAUAUGUUUCGUUCAUUUUCAUUUUUCUCGUGGCAUUGUUAAAAUAAAUCAUCUUAGACAAAAUGCCUUCCUUAUACAUGUAUGUUUAUGAAAUGGCAUAAAUCUGUUUUGCAUAUUUAUUCACAACUUCACAAUGUCAAGUGGAGUCAAACAACAGGUAACCAGGUGAAGUUGAGUCAAACAAUUGCACCAGGUCAAGUGGAGUCAAACAACAGGUAACCAGGUCAAGUGGAGUCAAACAAUUACACCAGGUCAAGUGGAGUCAAACAAUUGCACCAGGUCAAGUGGAGUCAAACAAUUGCACCAGGUCAAGUGGAGUCAAACAAUAGGUAACGAGGUCAAGUGGAGUCAAACAAUGUGCAACCAUGUAAUCUGGAGUCAAACAAUAGGUCACAGGUAAAGUGGAGUCAAACAAUAGGUAACCAGGUCAAUUAGAGUCAAACAACAGGUCAUCAGGUCAAUUGGAGUUAAAAAAUAGGUCACCAGGUCGAGUGGAGUAAAACAACAGGUCACCAGUAAAGUUGAGCCAAACGAUAGAUAAGCAGGUCAAGUGGUGCCGAACAAUAGAUCAACAGGUCAAGAUUUCGAAAAUGAAUGUACCUUGAAAUCAGGUGAGCGCUAAGGAGUCAUUAUGUUCAUAUUUUUUUAAUUGCAAAAAGAGACUCUGUAAGACAUGAAUGUGACGACAAACGGCCAGUAAAAUAACUAGUAUACUUUCCAAAACAUUUGGUAUUUCAGUUCUGUUGUGUAUUGGUUGUAUUGUACAGUAAAGCUAAAAGUUGCAUAAUAAAAGAGUUGUGUACAUGUA